AAGAAUCACCGGAUAUCCGGAAGUGUUGCAUUGUGGGGUUUAUUUCGUUGAUCGCUAACCGAGUGGGUGAAGUAAUGAGUUAAGAGCUUCGAAUGCUUAAAAAAUUCCGCCCCGGGCUUUAGCCGAACGCGCGCGGCGUCUGUUAGUUUAUCCAGGCAGCUUGAGAAUGAAUGAUUGGAGUUGAAUCAUGAUUAUAAACGCGCACAGGAACAGCAGCAGAAGCAGCUCUGAUGUGUGGAUGUGGAGAGUCAGCGUAAACUGAUCAACCGAAAGGUACCGACUCCUCUCAUCCUCCCUUCCUUGUGUCACACACUCAGACUCUUUCCCUGAAUUUGAAUUCAAAAGUAUGCGUUCUCUCUGGCAGUGUUUUAGUGAUCUGCUAUAAGAAAGCCGACCACACCAUUUGAAUCUCCACACAAAGCCGCCGCUGUGGGUGUUGUUUCAUUAACAGCCCAUUGAACUUCCUCGCCUGCUUUCGAUUCCCUUCAUACUCUGAAGCGUCUGGGGCCUGGCAGCUCAUCCCUCAUGGCCUCUUCAUCGGGCAACGACGAUGAUCUGACGAUCCCGAGGGCGGCGAUCAAUAAAAUGAUCAAAGAAACGCUUCCCAAUGUGCGAGUAGCGAACGAUGCCAGAGAGCUGGUGGUGAACUGCUGCACAGAGUUCAUUCACCUCGUCUCAUCAGAGGCCAACGAGAUCUGCAAUAAAUCCGAGAAGAAGACUAUAUCCCCAGAACAUGUUAUAAACGCACUUGAAAGUCUAGGUUUUGGGUCAUACAUCGCAGAAGUAAAAGAUGUUCUGCAAGAGUGUAAAACGGUAGCACUUAAACGGAGGAAGGCCAGCUCUCGACUAGAAAACCUUGGCAUACCUGAGGAAGAACUUCUCCGUCAACAACAGGAAUUAUUUGCCAAGGCACGGCAGCAGCAGGCUGAGCUGGCACAGCAGGAGUGGUUACAGAUGCAGCAGGCCGCCCAGCAGGCACAGCUAGCGGCAGCUUCAGCCAGUUCCGCUCAGCAGGCCGGAUCUUCCCAGGAUGAAGAUGAAGAGGACGACAUGUGAAUCCCGGCAGGCUUUCACCGAAGCACACAGAUAGAUUGACAAUAUAUAUAUAUUUACAGACAUGUUCGGUCUCCCACACACACUCUGUUCUCUGUAACCUUAGCAGAGAGGGACCUCUGCAGUGUUUUCUUCUAUAUAAACUUUUAAAUCCCAGAUCACCAGUAUAAAUUCAUACUGACGGUUUAGGAGCGAUCAUGGGUGUUCUCCUGUGAUUUGUUGCUAUAUUUGCCUCGAUUCACUUGUUAACUAGAAUUAUUAGCUUUUGAAAAUCCCUCUUUUCUUUCUCAUUUGUUCCUGAUUUAAUUGAAGGCAGUUGCCAUAAGUUUCACUGUAUGUAUGUGGGAAGGAUGUUAAGUCAUGUGAUGUGGCUGUGACAUGAGGCGCACCAUGUUAAUUGUCAUUGGUUAAAUUCAGGAGCCGGCGUUUCGAAUCGCAUCCUGUUUUAGGCGAUUUGCGUAUUUCUCUUAUAUUUGUCUUUGUAAAAUAGCUUAAAGAGACACAUUUGGGGAACAUGUUUUGGAAAGUGAUUUUUACAGCUGUUCAUCCCCGCUUCUGUAUUUCUCUUUGUUCUACUGCGUGAGAUCAGAGAAUGAGAUUUGUAAUGUAGGAUGUUGCUUUUUGGUUCUUUUUAGUUCAAGUGAGGAUAAAGAUUACGUGUAGAUAGGCUUUUACCUGCCCUGUGUUCAGAACAGUAUUCCAAGGAAAAGAUUUACAUGUGCAGAAUAAAAUCUGUCUCAUAGUACCAAAGAUAGAAAAACUAUGAAAAUUCAGUCACCAGAUAGGCUUCGGAAAUCUGCUCAUGGUAUUUGCUCUCUGUAUGACGUGAGUGCUUUGGUGCAUAUCGCACUGAGCGCUCUGUAACACUCACUUUGUACUAUGUUUUGAUAGCAGAUUUUUUCCAGGUGCAAUGUGUAAAAGUGGAGUUGUGAAUGUGUGGUUAAUUCAUAUCUUGUGAUGACUGGUAAGGUGUAGUUGAGAAGCGUAUUCACAUGCCUUUGCAAAAGCUGUAAGCUGUAUUCUCUAAGCAAUAAAGUCGACCCGUUUUAUAGACA